AAUAUCUUCUCUGUAUGUGCUUGUAAUUGCAUAAUACAUAUAUAUUCACACCAGUACACCACCCCCACCCAUGGGAACAGCCAUUGAAAGCCUCUGGGUCUCUGCUCUUCUAGCUUCCAAAUGCAAAUCCUUCGCCUCAAUAAACUCCAUAUAUCUUGUGCUUUUCUUUGUUCUAGCUUGGCUGGUGAUCAGCUUGUUUUACUGGGCACACCCAGGUGGUCCAGCUUGGGGCAAGCAUAGGUUCAGAACAACAUCACUUUCAGCUUCCUCUGGUAAGCAAAUACCAGGUCCAAGAGGUGUCCCUUUUAUAGGAAGCAUGAACCUCAUGGCUGGUCUAGCACACCACAAAAUUUCAGCCAUGGCUGAAGCUUGCAAAGCUAAGCGUCUCAUGGCCUUCAGCGUUGGUGAAACCAGAGUUAUUGUUACGUGCAAUCCAGACGUAGCAAAAGAUAUUCUAAACAGUUCGGUGUUUGCGGAUCGUCCCGUGAAAGAGUCGGCCUACACUCUCAUGUUCAACAGAGCUAUUGGGUUCGCUCCUUAUGGUGUUUACUGGAGAACCCUGCGGAGAAUCGCAGCCACACAUCUCUUCUGUCCAAAGCAAAUCAAAGCAUCAGAGGCCCAGAGGUUCGAAAUUGCACACCACAUGGUGGCCAUGUUUGGUGAACAGAGAGGAGUCAUUCGAGUUCGUGAUGCACUGAAACGAGCUUCACUCAACAGUAUGAUGUGCUCUGUAUUUGGACGCAAAUACCUACUUGAAUCCUACUACAACGCUGAAACGGACGAGCUAACGAAGCUAGUUGAUGAAGGGUACGAGCUUUUGGGAACUUUCAACUGGUCCGACCACCUUCCCUGGCUAGCUGAUUUUGACCCACAAAAAACCCGGUUCAGGUGCUUCAAACUUGUCCCCAGAGUGAACCAGUUUGUGAGCAAGAUUAUCGCCGAGCACCGAGCUCAGACUGGCGAGCAACACCACGAUUUCGUUGAUGUUUUGCUCUCUCUUCAAGGAAAUGAUAAACUUUCGGACUCCGACAUGAUCGCCGUGCUUUGGGAAAUGAUAUUUAGAGGAACUGAUACAGUAGCGAUUUUGAUAGAAUGGAUACUAGCCAGGAUGGUGCUUCAUCCUGAUGUUCAAUCAAUGGUCCAUGAUGAGUUGGACAGAGUCAUCGGAAGCUCUCGUGCAGUAACAGAGUCUGACAUCACAGAUAUGGAAUAUCUACCGGCUGUGGUGAAGGAAGUAUUAAGGCUACAUCCACCGGGUCCACUUCUCUCGUGGUCCCGAUUGGCAAUUUUUGACACUACGAUUGAUGGGUAUCACGUACCGAUGGGGACCACAGCCAUGGUGAACAUGUGGGCCAUUACAAGGGAUCCACAGGUGUGGAUGGACCCACUUGGAUUUAAGCCCGAGAGGUUCCUGAAUGGGACCGAUCAGGGUGGGGAGUUGUCAGUCUUGGGCUCCGACCUGAGGCUCGCACCUUUUGGGUCAGGGAGGCGAAGCUGCCCGGGUAAGACCUUGGGCUUGACCACUGUAACCUUUUGGGUGGCGUCCCUGUUGCAGGAGUUCAAGUGGGUUCCCGCAGAGCAGAAGAAUACAGUGGACCUCUCGGAAGUGCUGAGGCUCUCCUGCGAGAUGGCUAACCCUCUCACAGUGAGGGUUCAACCAAGGCGUAAGUCAAGUUCAUUGUGUUAGAAUGUGAUGGGAAUUCGUACAAGAAAUAUGGAGGCGGCAGGAAAAUGGGGGAAUGAAGUCUUAACUUGUCUAUAAAUAUCUUGGCCGUCUUUGCUCGCUGUUAUGUUUGGUUGUCAACUUUGUUUUUUUUUUUCCUUCUGUUGACCUUUUGGAGGUUCAGUGUCGAUGUUCCUUAAUUUAUUUGACUAUGAUGUAUAAACAGUGUGAAAUUAAAGACAAGUUUCAGCCAGAAAUCUCUC